GUAACCAGAAUUAGUUUGUUAUUCUCCUUCGUUUCACUUCAUUUGUCUUACUAUCUAGGAUAAAAAAAAGUGUUUUAAACUCUUAUCCAAUCAACAAUAAUUAUUCAGCAAGGAAGUAAGGAUUUUACGAGAGGUUCGCUGUACACCUAAUAAAUCUGACAGAGUUUUCUACUUUAUGACGCUUGCGAUGCAUUUUUUUUUAACGUGUGUUCAUGGAAACUUAUAAAUGACUUAACAUUCAAGGCAAGAUUCAAACUACACAUGAAAUGGAACCAGGAGAUGCAACAGAUGUGCCUCAGAAGUUCACUUUUAACCCAAAAGAAGGGAUUGACAAUCCAGUGCUGAUGAUCUCAGAUGACCCAGAGCCAGACUUUUGUCUACGCUUAUGCCUGCUGAAACGAGAGGUAGGCCAAGGAUUUGGCUUCUGUUUGCGGAAAGAGAGUGGCUGUAGGGGCCAUGUUGUGCAGCAAGUUACCCCAUGGAGUGCAGCAGAGCGCGGUGGCUUGAGUGAUGGAGACCGCAUUUUAGAGGUCAAUGAAGCAUUUGUGGACAACCAAGAGUACUCCAAGGUGGUGCUGAAGGUGCAAGCAUCUGGGCUACAGCUAUGUCUGUUGGUCUUGAGUGCUGUGGAGUAUGAAAGAGCUGUGAAUGAAGGAAUAGACCUCAUGGCUCUAUCCAGGGAUCAUCGAGGUGAAGGCUGUGCACGUCCUCGUUUGUGCCACAUAAUCAGAGAUCCUGGCAUUGGAUUGGGACUCAGCAUCAGUCUUAUAGCGGGUGAGAGAGGAAAGUAUUAUUUAAAUCCAGUAAGUGAGGGUCCAGCAGAGAGGGCAGGGGUUCAGACUGGAGAUCAUCUGCUCUCGAUCAAUGGUGUCCUUGUCUCAAAACUUACACAUUCUGCACUGAUGAAAAUGGUUAAAAAGUGUGAAUAUAUAACCAUUUUGGUGGUAGACAGUAGAAGUGAAGAGAGCUAUAAGCGACGAAGAUUGCCCAUUCUACCCGCUUUUGCCAGCUCUCAUAACCUGCCCCACAAGCCAAAAACCAUACACCUUAUCCAGGGACCACAGGGCUAUGGGUUUCUGUUACGACAAGAGAAACUAACUACAGGAAAUAUCGCUCACCUGCUGCGAGAGGUGGACCCGUGCAGCCCAGCAGAAGCAGCAGGGAUGGAGGAUGGGGAUCUGCUCCUGGCCGUUAACGGGGAACAGGUGGAGAACGCUGAGCAUGAGGACAUAGUCAGCAGAAUAAGGCGAAGCGGCCAGCAGGUCACACUUACUACCAUCUCUAUUCAAGGCAAAGACUACUACACACAGCUGGGGCUUUCACCACUGAUGUUUUAUGAAGAAUACAUUCCACAAAAAGUGUGUUUCCCAACAAACACUCUACCCUCCAACAAAGCACCACGACCUCGACUGUGUACCCUUCACAGAGAGGACACAGGAUUCGGCUUUAAGCUGGCAUGCAGCCAUAUUGAUAAUGCCGUCUACGUUGGCCAGGUAGAAGCUGGGUGUGCUGGAGAGACAGCAGGGCUGAGGGAGGGGGACGUGAUUGUGGAAGUGAACGGGCAGAAUGUGGAGCAUGAGAAUUUGGAGGAUUUGGUGACAUUGAUCAUGAAGGGAGGCACUUCACUUAUGUUGCUUGUAGUAGAUAAGGAUGGGUUUGAAAAACUCAGAACAAAUGGUGUACCGAUCACUCCGGAUGUGAGCACACAGGUUCCAGAUACAACAGAAGACAAUUUUGUAUAAAUGGUUGAGAAUUUACCUAUAAUAAAUCAUGUCCGAAAACACACUAGGCAAAGUGCAUCCUGCUGAAAACACUAAAUGGCAUAUCUGCUGUUAUCUAUUGGA